ACAGACUUGAGAUAAUGCAGUUAGCAAGACUUCGUAGCCUAAUAGAGCUGUAGUCAGGAGAGAGAGACUUGCCAAACCUUCCAAGCUGAUUUAUCAUAGGCCAUUAAUUAUUAGCAUUUUUUUUUUUACACAUUUUGAGUAAAGUACAAGGUAACAAUUUGAUUGUUGCUUUAUCCUAGUUAACGUGCUUUGUAUUGAAGUCUUUCGGAAUUGGGUGGAGAUCAAACGGUGACUAUGGCCUCGGAGUCGGAGACGAAUAAACGGCUCUUGCUAGAUGUCCUGACCAGACCUGGAAACGAUGCAUGUGCGGAUUGUGGCAAUGCAGAGCCAGACUGGGCGUCGGUGACUUUGGGUGUGUUUGUGUGCCAGGGAUGCUCUCUCCUCCACAGAGGCAUCCCCCACAUCAGCAGGGUCAAGUCCGUCCAGCAGGAGUCAUGGGAGGCCUCAGAGGUGGAGCUAAUGGCUGCCAUGGGUAACGAAGCAGCCAAAGCUAAGUACGAACAGAAGGUUCCAGCAUUCUACUACAGACCCAAACACACAGACUGCAAGCUACUGCGGGAGCAAUGGAUCCGAGCCAGGUACGAGAGGAACGAGUUUGAGUUCAUCGAGAAACAGGAGCCUUACUCUGCAGGGUACAGAGAGGGGUUUCUAUGGAAACGGGGCAGAGACAACGGUCAGUUCCUCAGUCGGAAAUUCAUCCUGUCGGAACGAGAGGGGGCGCUCAAGUACUUCAGCAAGCAGGAGUUUGUGUAUCUCCCCCAGGCGCGGGACCCCAAGGCGGUGAUGAAGAUUGAAACUCUCAACGCUACGUUCCAGCCGGCUAAGAUAGGCAACCCCUACGGCCUGCAGAUCACCUACCUGAGAGACAACAGCACUAGGAACAUCUUUGUGUACCACAGCGACUCUAAGGAAAUGGUGGACUGGUUCAACGCUAUCAGAGCUGCCAGGUUUCAUUACCUUCAGGUGGCCUUCCCUGGAGCCAGUGACGAGGAGCUGGUGCCCAAACUGACACGUAGCUUCAUGAAGGAGGGCUUCAUGGAGAAAACAGGCCCAAAACACACAGAGGGCUUUAAGAAGAGGUGGUUCACCAUGGAUGACAGGAGACUCAUGUACUUCAAAGAUCCUCUGGAUGCCUAUGCGAGGGGAGAGGUUUUCAUCGGCAGUAAGGAGAACAGCUACACCGUGCUCCCGGGCCUUCCCCCUUCCACCCAGGGCUACCACUGGAACCAUGGCAUCACCAUAGUAACACCAGACAGGAAGUUCCUGUUUGCCUGCGAGACGGAGGCGGAGCAGAAAGACUGGAUCACUGCUUUCCAGAGGGUUAUCAACAGACCCAUGAGACCACAGGAGUACGCAGUGGAGGCCCACUUCAAACACAAGCCCUGAGACUGGAGCUAGAGCUGUCGGUCUACUGGACUAAGACCAGAACAGACAGGAUUUCUCUACAGAGACCCCAGAAUAAGUCUAUGGGGUUCUAGUGUACCUUUACAGAGGGAGCAAGAUGGUAGACAUGGAAGAAAUGCAUCCGAGAGGAGAGAGGUAUCAAUAGAAAACACUUUCUUCUCCACCUCUCCUGACCUGAUGCCCAAACCUGGGGUUAGAGGUCAGGGGGUUUGAGAGGAGAGAAAAGGACACAGAAACAUCAACACCCCUGCUGCUGCUCUCCACAUGGACCCUCCAAACUGCACCCCCUGCUCUAAGUGUUGUGAUCAUUAUCCCUUGUUCGCCGUGUUUGUUGAGAGCAGUACUGUCAUUUUAAUUAUUGAUUUGACACUUUUGAUGCCAGUGGAUUUAUGCAAUUUCUCAGAUUGUUCUGCAUAAUCUGCACACAUUUAACUUUCAAGGUGCUGACAACCUAUGCUUCUGUACACGGUUAGGGUUUUACGCAUCUCAUGGCAGUUAUUUAUUUUUUAAAUGCAAAUGUAAAUAUUUUGAAUCUCAGUGAAUGCUGCUUCAUGCAACAAGAUUGUAAAAUGUAUUUAAUAUCAUACUGUAUACAGUACCAUUCAAAUGUUUGGACACACCUACUCAUUCCAGUGUAUUUCUUUAUUUUGACUAUUUUCUACAUUGUAGAAUAAUAGUGAAGACAUCAAAACUAUGAAAUAACUCACGUGGAAUCAUGUAGUAACCAAAAAAGUGUUAAACAAAUCAAAAUAUAUUUUAGAUUUUAGAUUAUUCAAAGUAACCACCCUUUGCCUUGAUGACAGCUUUGCACAAUCUUGGCAUUCUCUCAACCAGCUUCAUGAGGUAGUCACCUGGAAUUCAUUUCAAUUAACAGGUGUGACUUGUUAAUUUGUGGAAUUUCUUUCCUUCUUAAUGCACUUGAGCCAAUCAGUUGUGUUGUGUCAUGGUAGGUGUGUGUAUACAGAAGAUAGCCCUAUUUAAAAGGCCAAAUCCAUAUUAUGGCAAGAACAGCUCAAAUAAGCAAUGCGAAAUUACAGUCCAUCAUUACUUAUAAGACAUGAAGGUCAGUCAAUCUGGAAAAUGUCAAGAACUUUGAAAGUUCUUGACAGUGUAGUUGCAAAAACCUUCAAGUGCUAUGAUGAAACUGGCUCUCAUGAGGACCACCACAGGAAAUGAAGACCCAGAGUUACCUCUGCUGCAGAGGAUAAGUUCAUUAGAGUUAACAGCACCUCAGAUUACAGCCCAAAUAAAUGCCUCACAGAGUUCAAGUAACAGACAUCUCAACAUCAACUGUUCAGAGGAGACUGUGUGCAUCAGGCCUUCAUGGUCGAAGUUGCUUCAAAGAAACCACUACUAAAGGACACCAAUAAGAAAAAUAGAUUUGCUUGGGCCAAGAAACAUGAGCAAUGAACAUUAGACCGGUGGAAAUCUGUCCUUUGGUCUGAUGAGUCCAAAUUUGAGAUUUUUGGUUCCAACCACUGUGUCUUUGUGAGACGCAGAAUAGGUGAACGGAUGAUCUCCAUGUGUGGUUCCCACAGUGAAGCAUGGAGGUGGUGUGAUGGUGUGGGGGUGCUUUGCUGUUGACACUGUCAGUGAUUUAUUUAGAAUUCAAGGCAUACUUAACCAGUAUGGCUACCACAGCAUUCUGCAGCAAUACGCCAUCCCAUCUGGUUUGUGCUUAGUGGGACUAUCAUUUGUUUUUCAACAGGACAAUGACCCAAAACACACCUCCAGGCUGUGUAAGGGCUAUUUUACCAAUAAGGAGUGAUUGAGUGCUCCAUCAGAUGACCUGGCCUCCACAAUCACCCGACCUCAACCCAAUUGAGAUUGUUUGUGAUGAAUUGGACCGCAAAGUGAAGGAAAAGCAGCCAACAAGUGCUCAGUAUAUGUGGGAACUCCUUCAAGACUGUUGGAAAAACAUUCCAGGUGAAGCUGGCUGAGAGAAUGCCAAGAGUGUGCAAAGCUGUCAUCAAGGCAAAGGGUGGCUACUUUGAAGAAUCUCAAAUAUAAAGUUUAUUUUGAUUUUUUGAACACUUUUUGGUUACUACAUGAUUCCAUAUGUGUUAUUUCUUAGUUCUACAAUGUAGAAAAUAGUAAAACAAAAAAAAUAGUAAUUAAACUUGAAUAAGAAGGUGUGUCCAAAAGUUUGACUGGUACUGUAUGUUUCAUCUCCCAGAGCUGAUUAAAUUAAUGUGUGUUUACCAUUGCAAAACACUAGAGGGCACUAUGGGUCAUGUCAUACAUCACCACAACGUGCAUCAUCAUUUUGCAGGUCUGCCAGUGAAAUAAACUUGACAAUCCUAUUGA